AUGGAGCGGCCCAGCCUGGGGCAGAUCAUCCUCCUGGCCUCCAGUUCCGCCAUCACCGCCAUCUUCUACACGGUGUACCGCCACAAGUACCGCACCGCGCAGACGCUGAAGGGAGCCAAGAAAAUCUCUCUGGACCACGACUUGCAGAACAUCCUCAUGGACCUUCCCGGGAAGUGCGUCCCGUACGCCGUCAUUGAAGGGGUGGUGCGAGCCGCGAAGGAUUCCCUCACCAGUCAGUUUAUGGACAACUAUAAAGGUGUGAUCCACAGACUGUCCCUGAAGGAGCACAAGAUGGUGUGGAACCGAACCACGCACCUCUGGAACGACCACGAGAAGGUCAUCCACCAGAGAACCAACACGGUGCCCUUUGACCUCACCCCGGAGGACGCCGAUGCAGGGGACCUCGCCGUCCGAGUCAUGAAGCCUUUAGAAGCCACCGAGUUGGACUUGGAGACCGUCUACGAGAAAUUCCACCCCACCGUGCAGUCCUUCACCAACGCCCUGGGACACCUCCUGACCGGCGAGCGCCCCAAGGGGGUCCAGGAGACGGAGGAGAUGCUGAGGAUCGGGGCGACGGUGACGGGGGUGGGCGAGCUCGUCUUGGACAAUAAGACCAUCAAACUCCAGCCCCCCAAGGCCGGCAUGCAGUACUACCUGAGCAAGCUGGACUUCCAGUCCUUGGUGCAAAGACAAGAGUCUCAGGUCCGCGUGUGGAAGGUGCUGUGCCUGCUGUGCGGCGUGGCCACCUGCGUCACCCUCUUCUUCAUCCUGAGACGCCACUACAAGCAGUACAAGGAGAAGCGGCGCCUCAAGAGGCUCCAGCGGGAAUUCGAAGAUGCGAGGGCGAGGCUGGGAGACGACGCGGCGGAGGAGGCCCGCAACACCUGCAUCAUCUGCCUGGCCAACCAGAAAUCCUCCGUCUUCCUGGAGUGCGGCCAUGUCUGCUCCUGCUACCAGUGCUACCAGGCUCUGCCCUCGCCCAAAAAGUGCCCCGUGUGCCGGAACGCCAUUUCUAGGGUGGUUCCGUUAUACAACAGCUGA